CAUGUCCGACGAAAUAUUCAGAUAUGUUUUGUCGUCAAAGCUCAGUUCUGGUCACGUGACGGCAACGAGGCGGCGGUGAGAGUCCACAGUGUGAGUUCCCUGCUCACCAUAGAGCCCCUCGACUCCUUUGUGUGGUUUAACCCCACAAAAACGUUUAUUUAGUCUAGCAGAAGUACAACAAGUCAAGCCUGACAUUCUUUGGAUAGUUGACUGCGGCAGAUAAGCCCUGCUGUCUCAUCCCGAACAUGGGAACACACUUUGACCUCCAGCCAACUGGAAAGAUUGUCAUCCCUCGUUCACUUUUUUUCCACUUUUUAUUGAAAAAAAGGAAUUUUUGUUCAUAACCACACAAUCACAAUUCCAACAGCAUUUUUGUGGACAAAUUGGUCAGCAUCAAUUAAACCACAUUUCUUCUGCAAGUUUAAGCUGGUAGAAUUCAGUGCAGGCAGAAAAACAAAUAUAAAGCACAUGAAGGAGUGGAUUUAGAAGUUAAAACAUGCUUGUGCAGAGAUUGUGCAGAGUUUGUCUUUAAACAUUAAAGAUAAUGCAAGAAGCAAGCACCAAGGGGACGUAGCCUGACCAAUACUGGCAUUAAGAAACUGGAAUGUCAUACUUAAUAUAAGCAUGUUGUCUGCUUGCUGCUCAUAUUUGAGUAUUCAAUCCAAGUAUUCAGUCCACAGUCUGCCUUAAAGGAAUGUGUUCCUGAGGUAACGCUAAACAAAACACACACGCACAGUUUCUUGACAUAGUUUGACAAUUAAAACAAAACAUUAUAGCUCGUCGCGCAUCUUGUCCCCCUUGGGUCGAAUCACUCUGCCGAGGUACAGGAUGGAGUUGGUCUUGUUGUCCUUCACCAGGAAAAUGAAAGGGUGGUCCACGUAGAAAAGCUUGGGGUCCCUCAGCCGGUCAGUGCCGAAGAUGGUGGUGUCAAACGUGUUGCCUUCGGUGUUGAGCUCCAGGGCGGAGGCGUGGAAGACGUUGGAAAGGUACAGGUCCUUCUUGCCGGAAAUGUUGGACAAGUCGGCCUUGGCUUUGUCCACCGCCUCGGUCAGGCCGAGCUCGGCCAGAUGUUUCUGCAAUGGAGGUUAGAACAAGUGAUGAUAACAAACAACGAAGAAAACUAAUAGAAUCUUUUUUUUCAUGAAAGUCAUUGUGACACAGGCUGUACAAUAUUUCAAUUAAAUAACUGCCUAACAAUUUAAUUAUUAGACCAAAACUGAAUUUUUUUUAGACCUACAACACUUAAUUUCAACAGUACCCAUAAACGCCACUAGGUGACAGUAGUGCUCUGUAAACACCUUCCCUCUCCAAUGUGCUUGCAUCUUCAAAGGGUGAGUAGUUUUACUUUAUUGUAGUUUUAUUAUACAGCACUUUGGUGAGCUACUCUUUACAUUUGUACUAAAGUGUCCUAUUAUGCAAAUAAUGUUCUGACAGUCUCUAGAGCCUGUUUUUGAGCACCAAACGUCAAAAUCUCCCUCACUUCUUUGCUCCACAUUUAAACGAAGAGGGGCUCAGACAAAGUUCCAGGUAUUCAUGGCAUCAUGAAAGAAAAAUAUCCUUCAUCACGGACAUGAUACUACGUCUGAGCUGCCUAUAGCUACAUGAACACGCCCAGCACUUCACCGAGGGCAUCUUUGUGGAAAAAAAGGAAGCAGGCUUUGCUACACAUCUUACAUUAAAGCAUGGAGCUCUUCCAACUAUCCAUGAGAAGUGUUGUGACUGACUUCCAACGAGAUCUUGGGGAGCGAGAUGGCCACGGCUCUGUUCUCCAUCUUGCUGAGCCAAGCGUCUACCUGCUUCCUGGUCAGCAGCUUCUCCAGGCGCUCCAGGGGCUCCAGGUGGUAGGGCAUGAUGAGGAUCAUGGAGGCCUGCUUCUUGCCCAGAGGCAUGUCCAGCACGAAGAGACUGUUCUCUUUGUCCUCGUAGAAGUUAUAAAGGCCUGGCGGAAAAUGCGGAGCAGAUCAGAUGUCCCGUCUUUGAAAAGGAAAGCGAUGAAACCUACCCGUGCGGUGCAUCAUGGGAAUGCCGACGGUGAAGGAGCGAGACACCAGGAAGCCGCGGUUGUCCACCAUCUGCUCGUGGAACUUCUCAUCCCAGUGCGCUUUAGGAGUAUUCAUCGUCACCUGCAGAGGAGACCCCCCUAGCCAUUCAGCCCAUCCUGCAGGCGGAUGCUGGCAUUUUGAAAUUGGUGGAGUUCAGUCGAGGCUUAGCAGCUGGAGCUGCUGACUAAUCUUCCACCUGUGGAGAGAGGAAGUGGCAAACCCAGUGUCAUUUUGAUCAGUGGGAUGUUUGACUCACGGGAGCAGGACUGACAGAAGGAGCAUGGUCAAACACCAACCCCUCCAAGUCUAUGAGCGCCAGCUGUGUUUGUCCUGUAUCACUGGGAUCUACGGUUGCCGCUGGAAACGCUAUCAACGCUCCCACGAUGACACCACCAAGUGGGAGCUGCUGUGGUCCCUCGUCCUUCUCAUCACCUUCUGUGCUCUGCUGGUCUGGUUCUACUUCUGGUUGGAAGCUCGCAACGACUACAGUGAGUUCAACUGGUUCCUCUACAACCGCUCUGGCGAGUGGAGCGAUGGCACCGUUCCAAUCCUGGCCACGACCGCUGCUGGCUUCACCUACAUAGCCUUUUUAAUGAUUUUAGCACUUUGCCACAUUGCACUUGGCCAACAGCUGAAUUUGCAUUGGCUUCACAAGAUUGGAGUCACCGCGGCUCUGCUAACAACCGUUGUCGGGGUGAUAUCCAUCAAUCAAACCUGGCAGCACGAGUGGGACAUCAUCCCCAUCUCCUUGCAGGCCACAGGACCGUUCCUGCACGUCGGCGCUGUCGCCGCAUUCACAGCUCUGUCCUGGAUCGUGGCCGGACAGGUGGCCCGUGCAGAAAAAACGUCCUUCCAGGUGGUGGUCAUGCUGCUGUAUCUCUGCGUGUUACUGGGCCUCUACGUGGUGCCGCUGUACGUCACCUCCCCUUGCAUUAUGGACCCCAGUAACCUCAAGCCUCGCCCCGAUGUUAUUGGCCACCAGGGGGCCCCCAUGCUUGCUCCAGAGAACACGAUGUGGUCCUUUCAGCGAGCGCUGCAAAUGAAUGUCACUGGGCUGGAGGUGGACGUAGCUGUCAGUGUCGACGGGGUUCCGUUCCUGAUGCGCGACCCUACACUGCGCAGGACCACCGACGUAGAGAAGGUCUUUCCCGACAGGCAGAUGGAAGACGCCUCGCUCUUCAACUGGACCGAUCUGCAGCAGCUCAACGCGGGACAGUGGUUCCUCAAGGACGACCCCUUCUGGACGGUGCAGGCCCUGUCCUCCCAUGAAAGGAACCUGAUUAGCAACCAGAGUGUGUGCAGCCUGGAGCAGCUUCUGAAGCUGGCCUCCUACCAUAACACCAGUGUGGUGUUCAGACUCAGGAGACCCCCUGUGGGACAUCCCUGUUACGACAGCUGGAUCAAUGACACGCUGCAGGCCAUGCAGCAAUCCGGGGUUCCUCAAAGUCUGGUGAUGUGGACUCCUGAUGAAGACAGGGCUCAGGUGGGACAGCUUGCACCCGGUCUGGUCCAGACGUCAGUGGAAAAACAAAGUCCUCAAAGCCUCCAAGAGGCGGGCAUCAGCAGGCUGCUGCUCAGAUACAACCAGGCUAGCGCUCAGGAAAUCAGGGACUUUUCACAGAGAAACAUCAGCCUCACCCUCUACACUGUCAACGAGCCCUGGCUGUACUCUGUGCUGUGGUGCAGCGGCGUGUCAUCUGUGUCGUCGGAGGCACCCCAUGUCCUCAAGAAGGUGCCUUACCCCACCUGGUUAUUGAGAGCAGACGAAUACUGCUUGAUGUGGGUGUGUGCAGACCUCAUCUCCUUUGUGGUGGUUGUAGGAAUAUUCAUAUUACAGAACUAUCACAUGAUCAGGUAUCGAACCAGCGGCAUGCGCAGCUACAACCCUGAGCAGAUCAUGCUGAGCGCUGCAGUCGGGAGGUCCAGCCGGGACCUCAACGUCAUGAAGGAGAAGCUCAUCUUCUCUGAGGUGGGCAAUGGAAGUGUCGGCAGCGAUGAGCCCUACACGGACAACAGCAACGAGUAUGACUACUACACUAACCACCGUGUGAGCCAAUGAUGGCCACUCUCAGCCGCAAGAUGAGGAAACAAGCGUGUACAUUUUGUAAAUACUGUCGCUCCUUCCUGGACAAGCUAUAUACUGUAUUUCACUUUGGACUCAGCACUUUUUAUCCACGGCUAUUUGAGGGAUUGAUUUAGGAGUGUCCAGAGUCUUCAUUUAAAGCUAAUUCUCCAAAGCGGCUCUUUCCAUUUGAAGCACUGAUGCCUUUUAUUUAUGUCUAAAAUAUGCUUACAUUGAUUGCCACGAUAGUCACAUUGCAAGUGUGCAACAAGAGUGCAAAUGCUGUCUUGAGACGUCCUGCUGGUGCAUGUAACAGUUAUGAUCAUAUCAAAUGUGUGUGAGCUGUUCAGUCAGGAAAGUGUGUUGUUUAAAUUGAAACCACUCAAAUAUGUAUCCUCAUUGGGUGUGUACUUUAUAGCCUGCGUGCAGUAUUGUACAUGUUGUCAUUGCUACUACUUGCUAGCAGUUAAGUCUGCUAGGGUUUAUUUUAUUGUUUACAAACUUAAAAUGCAUUUUCCUGUUGGUUGCUGCUGUCAAAUGAAUAAAAGUGUAAGCUAACUAAAAGGGA